AAGAUAAAACAAGAUUUUUGGUAGUCAGUGAAAAUGUCACUUUAUGCAACUUCUUAUCGCAUUGAUGAGCUAGUUUCAUUUCUGUCUGAUCCAGAAAUAGUCAGCAAUGUCCAGCAGCUCCGUUUUGUUAUGAGAAAGGUUUUGCUCCUGCUGACGCCGGGUGCAGAUCUCACUGUUUUGUUCCCGCACAUGGUCAAGAUUUUAGCUCACAAUGACUUAAUCAUCAAGAAGUCUGCAUGUUUCUACAUCACAGUACAAGCAAAUGCCAAUCCUGACCUCUCCCUUUUGGCAGUGAACACGUUGGUUAAGGAUUGUGCUGACUCCAAUCCAUAUAUUCGUGGACUUGCUCUAAAGACCUUAUGUUCCAUACAGCACCUUGCCCUCACUGAUUACGUAGCGAAGGCUUUAUUAAGCGGAUUGAAAGAUCGCAGUGCUUAUGUAAGGCGAGUUGCUGUGACGGGCUGCGGGAAAAUUUCGGUUACAAGUCACGAGUUUAUAGAAGGAAACGGUGUUGUUGAUUUAUUAUAUGGAAUGUUAAGAGACACUGAUCCUAUUGUUGUGAUAAACUGUAUGCAUACUUUAGAUGAGAUUCUAAAAGACGAAGGUGGCAUUGUCAUCAAUAAAAACAUCACAUACUAUUUAUUGAAUAAACUCUCCAUGUUCACUGAAUGGGGUGUAGUGACGAUCUUUGAGAAACUUCUCAAAUACAAACCAAAGAAAGAUGAGGAAACAUAUGACAUUCUCAAUAUAUUGGAUCCGUAUCUGAAACACAAUAACAGUGCCAUUUUGACCAGUGCAAUCAAACUUUUCCUGCACCUCGUCCACGACCUGCCUCAAUUAAAAGGCGAGGUUUUCAACCGUGCACAACAUGCCCUCAUUCAUUCAUUGUCUUCAGGAAAUCCUGAACUGGCAUUUAUGAUAGUAGAUUUCGUUGAGGAAGUCCUAAGUGACAACCAGGACUUGUUUGCUGCAAAAGCCCAGUCUUUCUUCUGCAAGUAUAACGAACCAUUGUAUGUUAAACUGAAGAAGAUAACAUUGUUGCCCAAACUGAUAUCGGAAUCGAAUAUCGGUGAUGUAAUUGAGGAACUCUCGAUGCACUGCUCCGAUGUCUCACCGGAAAUCUCGAAAGUUGCGAUCAAAUCUCUCAGUGAUAUUGCCUUGAAAUAUCCACAAUAUUAUGCGCUAUGUCUAAAGCGCCUGCUCUUGCUCUUGGACUUACAAAUAGACUAUGUCACAUCUAAUGUUCUUGGUGUUUUGCAGUCUUUUGAUUUCCAGUCUGAACCUGAAUUGGCAAAAGCUGUCAUGGAAUCAAUCGCAAAGUGUUCUGAUUAUGUUGACGACAGUGAGGGCAAAAGCUCCCUCAUCUAUUUGUUAGGUGAAUAUGGUGAGUUCCUAGAGGACAGCCCGUACAUUCUCGAGGAGUUUGUGGACACAAUUAGUGAGGAGACGAGUCAUAAUGUGAAGUACUAUCUCCUCAGCUCCCUCAUGAAGCUUUUCUUUAAACGUCCUGCGGAAUGCCAGGAUAUUCUUGGUAGGGUUUUAGAGCAUUGUGCUAGUGAUGAUAACCUUGAUGUUAGUGAUAGAGCCAAGUUGUACUAUUCUAUGCUACAACAUGACGUUAAAGAAGCACAGCGGGUUGUAAUGGGGGAGGUUUAAACAUGUUAAAGGGAGACGGGGUAGGGGCCAUGUGGGCCAGAAAUGCCCCCCUUAUGAAAUAUUUCUGUUUUAGCUUCAUGAUACAUUUGCUGCAGUCCUUUGACAAAGACAAAGAAAUUCAGUUAUUUAUAGAUGUCAUUAUGUAGUUGGUGAAAUGUGCCAAACAUUGUGCUAUAUUCCAUUGUUGUAAAAUAAAUAUUGUCUGUUCAUCCAAAUGAUUCCAGAGUUUAUUUUUGAGCCAUGA